AUGAAUAUUAACAGCUAUCUUGUCGCUUUUGUGGCAGCAUUUAGCCUUGUCGACGCCCAGUGCCACGCAAACAACUGUGCUCGAGCUGUUACCGGCACUCGUCUAGGACCCGCUACCGUGGCCUCACGUCGAGAGGACUGUUCAUCCUAUUUGAGGACUACCAUUACAAAUGCGGCUUCAACUGAAUAUAUCACUGUUACCUCUCAAGGGUCGGCCAUCACACGUACCUACGCAGCGUCUACCGUCACAGUCACGACCACAGUAACACCGUUUUCUAUUCCUCCUCCUUCACUCACAUUAGAUACGGAGGUACCCAUUGUCACGCCUUUCUCCGAGCCCGAACGCCGUGACAUCGAAGGCCGUCAAGUCCUUCUUCCCAUCCCCGUGUAUGCUUCUGCCUGUGAUGGCUCAAGUGCAUACCGCAGCGCCUGUUCAUGCUGGGGUGUGUCUUCAACUUUUAUCGUAGUCAGCACCGAUACAACCAGCACCGUUACCAUUACUUCCAUCGAGCGAGAUACCAUUAGCGUCGUUGACAGCACUGGAAUCACCACUACCACAGCAUUUGUCACAUCUACACCGGAUGUCAACGUCCCAACCGAUGGCCCUUCUACGAUCCCGAGCGUCUCUGAGUUACCUAGCGAAACUUCCUCGGACGAACCUUCUGUCUCUACCGAUCCUCCAACGACUCUUGUCACCAGUGUGGUCUCAUUGACAUCUGAAGAUCCCUCUUCUACGGCAACUGGAGUGACUCCUACUUCCUCUCCCGCCCCUGGAACUUGCAACGACUAUACUUCCAGUUUCCCCGUCACGCCUACUGGGGUUGGCGUCUUCUGCAGGUGUACAUACGAAGACCCAGUUUGCGCGCAGGGAUUCGGUCCCAACUCGAAUUCAUGGCCCCUCGUCUUGACCAUCGAAAUCUGCGCCACGAUAUGCGAUGCCGACGCCAACUGCCGCGCUUUCUCGUUCAGCCCGUCGAGAUUGCAAUGCGUCACGUUGGAUGGAGGCCCACUUCUUGGAAGUUAUCCCAACCGUGAGGACUGGACGUUUGCUGUGCGCCGGCCCGGAUCUUGCAUAAGUGAGCAAUGUAACGAUAAUGUCUCCUCUUCGUCAGCGGGUGCCAUUGCAACCGCAACCAACACCUGA